AUGCAGUCCCUCCACCCGUCCCCCGCCCGCCCCCUUGGCCCCCGCGGCAUCCAGCGCUCCGCCUCCCCGUCCCCCGCCUUCGCCCUCCCCGAGGUCGCGCCUCUCAACAUCCGCCCGCGUCCCUCCCCGCGUCCCAAGCUCAAGCUCCCCACCAUCGACUUCGACAAGGUCGAGGGCGGCGCCUUCACCGGCGAGUACACUGGGGGCGCAAACUCCGUCACUCCCCAUGUGAACGGCAGCACCGUCAGCCCCGGCGACCUCACCGUCAGGCCUGACCAGACCGUCUCGCCCCGCUCGCGUCCGCCUCCAAAUGCGGUCUCCUUGGACAACAUCCGCCAGACUGUGCGCGAGUUCGACGAGUGGUCCGACGACGACCUCGAGGAGCUCGCCCGCCUCGGCGAGGGCGCCGGCGGCGCGGUGUACAAGGUCAGGGUGAAGCGGACAGGCCAGAUCAUCGCCCGCAAGACGAUCACCACGCUCGAGGCCCCCAUGAAGCAGCUCAUGCGCGAGAUCAAGAUCACAUCGAGCACAUCUCACCACAACAUCAUCCACUUCUUCGGCGCAUACAUCUCGCCCUCCUCCAGCGAGGUCAAGGUCCUCAUGGAGUUCUGCGAGGGCGGCAGCCUCGAGUCCGUCGGCAAGCGUCUCAAGGAGACCGACAAGCGCGUCACCGAGAACGUCGCAGGGCGGCUCGCCGAGGGCAUCCUCCAGGGCCUUGCCUACCUCCACAAGCAGAAGACAAUCCACCGCGACAUCAAGCCCCCCAACAUCCUCCUCACCCGCGAGGGCAUCGUCAAGCUCUGCGACUUUGGUGUCUCCGGCGAGCUCGUCAAUUCCAUGGCAGGCACCUUCACCGGCACCAGUCUCUACAUGGCGCCGGAACGACUGUCCGGGCACGAAUACACCAUCCGAUCGGACGUCUGGUCGACGGGCAUCUCCCUCCUCGAGCUGGUCCAGAACCGCUUCCCCUUCCCCAGCGAUCUUGCCGCGAUUGAGCUCAUGAUGUACAUCACCCAGUACGAGCCGCCAGAGCUGGAGGACGAGGGCCCGUUCACCUACAGCGCCGAGAUGAAGGAGUUCAUCAAGCUAGCGCUGACGCGAGACGCCGCGCUCCGCCCGACGCCCGCGAGUCUCCUCGAGCACCCGUGGAUCAAGAACGUCAUGCAGCACGAAGUCGACAUGGCUGUCUGGAUACGCAAGGUCUGGGGCUGGCCCAAAAGCAGGUCAUCAGGCGAGACGUAA